AUGCCUGUCGUUAAAGGAGGUGUCUGGACCAACAUUGAAGAUGAGGUGCUUCGGGCAGCUGUCUCCAAGUACGGUCUCAACCAGUGGGCCCGAGUGUCCUCCCUUCUCGCCCGGAAGACACCGAAGCAAUGUAAGGCACGCUGGGUAGAAUGGCUGGAUCCCGGCAUCCGCAAAGUCGAAUGGUCGCGCGAGGAGGAUGAGAAGCUUUUGCACCUGGCCAAGUUGAUGCCCACGCAAUGGCGCACCAUCGCCCCCAUUGUCGGUCGCACCGCAACACAGUGUCUUGAACGCUACCAGAAACUUCUGGAUGAGGCGGAGUCCCGUGAAAAUGACGAGUUGGGCUUGGGAGGGCCGGGCGUUGAGUCGGCAGCUCCCAGUGCGGACGACGUUCGUCGCCUACGUCCUGGAGAACUCGACCCAGAUCCCGAAUCUAAGCCAGCCCGUCCUGAUACGAUCGACCUGGAUGAAGAUGAGAAGGAAAUGCUGAGCGAAGCACGAGCUCGUCUCGCCAACACACAGGGAAAGAAGGCGAAGCGGAAAGCCCGGGAGCGCCAGCUGGAAGAGUCUCGCCGCCUAGCCGUCCUGCAAAAGCGCCGUGAGCUGAAGCAUGCCGGAAUCAACGUCAAGGUUGUGACCCGGAAACCGGGCCAAAUGGAUUACAAUGCGGAUAUUCCGUUCGAGAAGCCCGCUGCUCCGGGCUUCUACGAUACCAUGGAAGAGCAAACCCGCAACGAGCGCCAGCGUGAAAUGUUUGAUCCGCGGAAGCAGCAGCUGGCCAACAAGCGCAAGGGUGAUCAGGACGACGACGCAGAGCGAAAGAAGCAAAAGAACGACAAGAACAGCAACUCUGCUGCCUCUGCGGCUGCAGCGCGGGCUGGCCAAAUGCAGAAAAUCCGUGAAGCCGAGCAGAGCAGCAAACGUCGAGCUCUCGUCCUUCCAACACCGCAGGUCAGCGAAGGCGAGAUGGAGGAUAUUAUCAAAAUGGGAAUGGCUGGGGAUAAGGCUAGCCGGAUGAGUGCCGAUGAAGAAGGGACGCGCGGGCUGAUUGGGAACUAUGGGUCCAUUGUUGGAGGAACACCGAUCCGAACUCCACGGGCUGCUCCGGAGGAGGAUCACAUCGCCAAUGAAAUCAAGAACAUUCGUGCGUUGACUGAGACGCAGUCGUCCCUUCUUGGAGGUGAGAACACUCCUCUUCACGAGGGCGGCUCUUCGACAGGCUUCGAUGGCAUCGCUCCCCGUCGACAGGAGAUUGUCACUCCCAACCCGAUGGCGACGCCAUUCCGACAGGCCAACGGUGUUGGCGCGACACCUAUGCACGGCGGAGUCGGUCCUGGUGCCACACCACUGCGCACGCCGCGGGAUCACUUCGCUCUGAAUCGGGAGGGUGAGGGCCAGCUCGUCGGCAGCACACCCCGAGACAUCAAGAUGCACGAGAAGUUCACGCGGCAGCAGAUGCGCAGUAAGCUGUCCUCGCUUCCCAGGCCCAAGGAGACAGAGUGGGAACUGGAAGAGCUUCCUUCGGAAUCGGCGGAGCCCAUGGCUGCUGUGGAGUUCACCGAGGAGGAUUCUGCUGAGCGUGACCGCAGAGAACAGGAGGCAAGGGCGCUGGCUGCUCAAGCCGAGUUCAAACGUCAGUCCCAGGUGUAUCAGCGCGGCCUGCCUCGCCCUGCUGUUCUCGAUUUGAGCGCAUUGAUGAAGCGUGCUUCUCACGUCACUGAUCCAAUUGCCGGUCUGAUUGCCCAAGAGGCCGCGGUCCUCAUCGCACACGACUCCCGAAAACACCCUGUUCCUGGCAGCAAGGUCGAGGGCAAGGCGCCGAAGUUGGGUCAUCUGGACGACAGGGUUUUGGAAGCAGCUCGCGCCGCUAUUGCUGCCGAAAUCACCUCGACAGAAGCACAGCAGCAACAGGAGGAGUGGCAGGGCAAGUUCGAUGAUGCGUGGUCUUCAGUUCGCGUCAAUGCCCUCCCCGGGUUGGAGAAUUACGACGACGACGAGGACCCGUUCGAGGAGGAACAACGCAUGAUCGGGGCAUUUGACAACGUCCAGGCCUCGUUGCUUGCUACAGCGGAGCGCGGGAACAAGCUGGAGAAGAAGCUGUCGCUUCACUAUGGUGGAUAUCAGAACCGGGCCAAGACGCUGCGGUCGAAGAUCCUUGAGGCCAGCACGGCGCUGCCCAAGGCUCAGAAUGACCUCGACUCGUUCCGCACGCUCCAGAUCUCUGAGGAGGCUGCCAUCUCCCGGCGAAUGGAGAAGCUUCGUGAUCAAGUGUCGUUCGUCAUGCGCCGAGAGCGCGAAGCCCAGGAGGUGUAUAGGAGCCGGAAGGAUGAGCUGGAUGAGCUCCUCGCUUCGAGGAACCAUUUCUCAUCGGUGUAA